AUGCAGGUCACCGCCGGUCUUCUCUUUGCUCUCGCCGGGGUCGUCAUCGCAGCGCCCAAGCCCGCCAUCAACAACUGCGGCGAGCCCUACGGAAGGUGCUACAGCGCUAUCGAGACACCCAAGGCUGUUGUCCAGAGGGCAGCCUCCCCGCCGCCCAUGGCCAUGACGGCACCUCCCCAGUCUGCACCGACCAGCAUCCAGGGCAAGGACGGCUGGAUGACCAUCUUGAAGAAGGAUGAUGGCAAGAUGACGGCUCUGCAAUCAGACACUGGCUUCAUGACCGCUUGGAAGCAAGACAACGGCAAGAUGACCGCCUUCGAGUCCGAUACGGGCUUCAUGACGGUCUGGAAGGGAGAUGACGGAGUCAUGACGGCCUGGAAGGAGGACAGCGGAAAAAUGACUGCCUUGAAGUCCGACACUGGUUUCAUGACUGCCUGGAAGCAAGACGACGGCAAAAUGACCGCCUUGAAGUCCGACACCGGUUUCAUGACUGCCUGGAAGGAGGUCAACAGCAAGAUGACCGCCCUCAAGUCCGACACUGGUUUCAUGACGGCCUGGAAGGAUGACGACGGCGUCAUGACUGCGUGGGCUCCUCAGCCUACCCAGUGA